AUGAAGGACACAGGGUCUGGAACGGGAGCAGACGGCCAAGCUCAGGCCGGUGCCCGCCUUGCUCCCAAGGCCGGGCGCUGCUGCAGCGCCUUCGCCCUCGGCCCAGGGCUGCAGCACAGCGCCUGCAAAAACACCCCCCUUGGCACGUUCUGUGAGGAAAACGGGCUUCAACUCUCUGCUGUGAAACUGGCAGAGUUGCACAGCGAUCUAAAAUUACAAGAAAAGGAUGAGCUAAGCUGGAAAAAACUGAAAGCUGAAGGGCUCGAUGAAGAUGGAGAGAAAGAAGCCAAACUUAGACGCAACUUAAAUGUCAUUAUGACUAAAUAUGGCAUGAAUGGAAAGAAGGACUCUCAUCUAGUUGAUACCAACUACAUUAAAGAUGGUACAGACAGCGAUGCACUAGAUGAUCCAAGACUGGAAAAACUGUGGAGCAAGGCCAAGACCUCUGGGAAGUUCUCUGAUGAGGAGCUGGAUAAGCUUUGGCGAGAAUUUAAGCAUCACAAAGAAAAGAUUCGUGAAUACAAUAUUCUGUUAGAGACCGUGAGCAGAACAGAAGAUAUUCACAAGAAUGUUAUCAACCCAUCUGAAGAGAACCUGGUAAAAGAGGAAAUCUUGCACAGCAAACACAGAGAGCUCAAAGACAAGCUAAGAAGCAUCAAUCAGGGGUUUGAGCGUUUGCGUAAAGUCAGUCACCAGGGAUAUGACACAACUAGUGAAUUUGAGGAACCAAGAGUGAUUGAUUUGUGGGACAUGGCCAAAUCAGCCAACUUUACUGAGAAAGAACUUGAAUCUUUUCGGGAGGAGCUGAAGCACUUUGAAGCAAAGAUUGAAAAGCAUCAUCACUACCAGAAACAAUUAGAGAUUUCACACCAGAAACUGAAACAUGUAGAGGAAACUGGAGAUAAGGAUCAUCUGAACAGAAACAAAGAGAAAUAUGCCAUGCUGGAAGAAAAGACAAAAGAACUAGGAUAUAAGGUAAAGAAGCACUUGCAAGACUUAUCCAGCAGAAUUUCUCAAGGCCUUCAACACAACGAAUUAUAAACACCUUUUCUUGAUGGUGUCAAUCUAUUAACACAAAACAGAAUGUUUUUUCUGAACAAGAUUGACCAAGGAGUACCUUCUGAAAUACUAAGGAUUGAACGAGAUCCUUCUCUGUAAGAAAUUUUCUUUUUUUGGUCCACUUAGUUACUAGUUUUGUACUUGCACUAUCAAGUUGAACAAUUAGACUAUAUAUUUAAUUUGCACAACCUUGAUCUUGUAAAUCUUAUAUCUGAAUCAAAUACCAGCCUUUGAAAUAAGCAGUUGUGUCAAAAGGAAAAACUUGUGAACUCUCAGAGAUUUCCUAGCAGUGGAAAAAAAAACAACAAAACACUGAUAAUCAAGGUGUCCUGAUCAGUGGACAGAAACACUGAGAUGCAGGAAGUUAGAACAGGGGUAGAAAACAUAAGCAAGUCUUUUACUGAAUAAUUUCCAUGUUUAGCCUACCUACUGAAGGUAACUAAAUAUUUCCACUGACUCUGAGCAUUCAUUCAGAGCUGCACUGUAUGUGAAACUUACAGGAAUACAGAGAGAGUAAGGAGAGAACAAAUACUGAAGUCAAUUCACACAAGUUAGUUGUAGACUAACAUGUCUGAAAUUACUGAAUGUGUGUGUACAAUUUUCUCAUUCAUGGUUGCUUGGUUUUGUUACAUUAAGUCAUUAAAAAUUAAAACAAGA